GCCUACUCUCACACAAAUACCCUGAUGGCAGCGGACUCAUGAAGGAUGAUGACGAUGUCAGGAGGAGUCUUGAGUGUACUGAAGCUCAAAUCAAUCAACGAUUUGAAGAAAAUCGACUUUGGUACAUCUGUGCCCAAGCACAGUCUUUUGCUGCUUUACUGGUUUGCCAACACAGUUGACCUCGACAGUAACAAUGUCAUAUGGCUGACCUUUAACCCAAACCUUGAAGAUUAUGGCUCACAUUAUUAUGGAAACUAUGAGGGGAUGUUGAACCCACUACCUGAGGGAUACCGGUACUACACUGUUGGAAAUCUCUAUGAAGACACGACUGAAGAACUCCCAUCUUAUGUUCGCAAUCCUCCAAGGGAGUAUAGAGGAAGAAAUAUGGACAGGAUCAUAUUUAGAGUCCAGGAACAGAAAGCAAGACAGACAGCUUUGCAGAGGAUAGACCAAGUGUAUAUCACACAGCAUUAUGAACAUCAGGGGACUUACAAUCCAAACUAUACCUACCAGAUCACUGCUAACCUCUUGAGACAGAUCAGAGAGUUUUCUGUUGGAGGAAACCAACUGUUGCAUCUCAGAAACCACUUUGGAAGUAACGCUAAUGAUUUAGACUUAAGGCACAUCAGAAACAUAUGGGGUGACCUUGCUUGCCUUGGACUAUUGUUGUUUAUUGUGAUCCAAGAAAAGUACUCAUCUAUCCAACAAACAGGAAAACAACAACCAAAACAGAAAACAAGAGCAGAAAACAACAAACAAGAAAACAACAAACAAGAAAACAACAAACAACCAGACAACAGCAACAGACCCGACAACGGUAAUAGACCAGAAAUCACAAGAAGAGUGGAAAACAACAACAGACCAGAAAACCCAAGAAGAGUGGAAAACAGUAUAAGUUAUGGAGGUGCUUCACUUGACGCACCUCAGAACCCCUCAGAACCCUCCGAACCCCUGGUCGACAACCCGGAGUUGUUCUCUUGUUUGUUUUGUUUUGCCCUCAUAUGCUUUGUAUUUUAUAUUCUAACAGCUUUUUGAAAAUAUACCCGAGUAAAAACAUCUUCCUCAACAAGAGAGGAUGAGGUGAUCAGUGAAUCAGGGGGGUGAAACUUUUGCUUGGACAUGACAGACUUUUGACCAACACGGCACGGUUUGGCACAUCAGCUGUAAAUAGACAUGGAUUUAUCUGGCUGUACAAAUGACAAAAAACAAAAUAGAGGUUUUACAUUUUGUUAUGUGAAGACAAAGGGAAGUUUAAAAGAGUUGGACAUUUUGAGUUGUAUAGCUUUAUUCACAAGACUACAGUUUGUUAAUAACAGGAGAUUUUUGUCUUACAAAAGUAUUGAAACUGUGAAAAUGGCUUUCAUUGUAUAGGACAAUGAACUUUUUUCUGGCACGGUACUAAAGCUCCAGGUUUCAUUCAGGCAAUAAUGACUAAUAGAAUAGUAGUGACUCACUGUUAAUUAACUGAUGAGAAUGUAAAUUGCUUUGAUGGAUAUAGAAACAGAGAAAUUAAAGGCUGUAUGGCCUG